AUAAAAAACGCUUAUCUAUAUUUUUUAACACAUCGUCUUUAUAUAUAAAAAAAACAGCUGGGUUCAAUCGGCUACAUGAUUUAUUCGGCUGCCAUGUGGGUUUAUGAUCGAAAACAACUCUCCGGUUUUGUAGUGGCAGCAGGUGCUAUUUUGGGUUGUUUAGCUUCUUUUUUUUGGAGCGCUCAAGGUGCCAUCAUGAUGUCCUACCCAGAGGAAAAAGACAAGGGCAAAUUUGUUGCCAUCUUUUGGGCACUGUUUAAUUGUGGAGGCAUUUUAGGAUCCUUGAUUGCGCUCGUAUUGAAUUUACAGAACACCACAGGCGGAGUUUCAACAGGGACGUACACGGCGUUUGUUAUUGUCAUGGGGAUUGGUGUCUUAUUCUCCAUGACUUUAGCCAACCCUUCUAAUGUUGUUCGUGCAGACGGUACACCUAUUGCAAUAGCUAAAUCUGCGCAUUGGAAAGAAGAGUUGAAAGGUGCAAUGUCGGUGUGGAAAGAAUGGCGUAUGCUAGCCUUAAUCCCAGCCUUUUUAGCUUCGAAUUGGUUUUAUGCGUAUCAGUUCCGAGUCAAUUCAAUCUAUUUUGAUCCUUCAACAAGAGCCUUGAAUGAUCUCAUGUACUGGGCACUGCAAGUGAUAGGAGCCAUCAUGAUUGGGUAUCUUUUAGACUGUGAAAGAUUCAGUCGACGUAACCGAGGCCUGAUAGCUUUGGGAAUUCUGUUUGUUCUUUUGAACCUAAUCUGGGCCGGUGGUUUUGCAUUUCAAAUGACUUUUGAGGCAGAUUAUCAAGACCCGAUUCAUUGGGAUCAUGAACGUUUUGGUGGACCCUUUCUCUUGUUUAUUUUAUAUGGAUUUUCUGAUGCUGUGUAUCAAACGUAUCUGUAUUGGUUGAUGGGUGCCAUGUCCAAUGAUCCAGCACUUUUAGCACGCUACGCAGGGUUUUAUAAGGCAGUGCAAUCAGCAGGAGCUGCUACUGCCUUUGGUAUUGAUGCCUCUCCUAUUCGUCUCAGAUAUGAGUGUCUUAUUUGUUGGUUGGUGGUGUGUGUGUCAUUUCCCCUCAUCUUUUUGGUAGCGAAUAAAGUAACAGAAACCAAUGUGGUGUCGACUAAAUUGGAUGAAAUCUUGAAUGAGGAUGUAUUAUUAUCAGCCGACGAAAAGCUAUAGC